AUGGAGAAAAUCAAGAUGCCUUCAUGCAAGUACAAUGGGACAACAACCCCUAAGAAUCAUUUGUCUGCCUUUGAGAGUCAUAUGCAUGACAAUAGAACUGAUGUCGCUCAAGGCAAGACUGAAUCACUCAGGGAUUUCAUUACUCGGUUAAAUAAAGAGGCAACGUCAAUUCCCAACAUGAGCCAGGAGGUGGUGUUGUUAGCAAUGCAGAGCAGCCUCCUCCCAGGGUUGGCAUUCAAAGAGUACAUGGGCAGGAAGAAUCUGAAAACACUAGUAGAGGCCUUGGGUAAGAGACCACCAAGGGUGACUACCAGUAAUCUAGAUCCAAAGAAACGAUGUGACUUUCACAGAGAUAAGGGUCACACGACUGAGGAAUGCAUUCACCUCAAAAAUAGCAUUGAAGACCUCAUCAAAAGGGGGUAUCUAAGUCAAUUUAAGCAAUACUCUAGGCAGGAUAGUAGGGGUGAAAGGAGUAAACAGGAAAAGAAAGACAAAGAAAAGAGAGAGCUAGGAGACGUGUUGGUGAUUAGCGGUGGGCCUAUGCAUGGAGGAACAGUUAGUAGGGCUAGAGCUGACCUCAGAGACAUGGUGCAUCAGGUAAACUACAAUGAGUGCAGAAAGUGGCCACCACCAUCACCUCCUCAGCCAAAGGUAGUGUUUGACGAGCAAGAUCAAUACGGAGUCAUAUACCCACAUGAUGACCUUCUGGUAGUCGCAAUAAUAAUUGCAAAUUGGAAAGUCAGAAAAGUUCUAGUGGAUGGAAGAAGCUCAGCUAACAUCAUGUUCAUAGAAGCCUUUUGCCAAAUGCAUCAACACAACAAAGACCUCAAAAGGGUGAACUAUGAAGUCACAAGGUUUGAUGGCUUAGGAAUGAUACCAGAGGGGAUAAUAGAAUUAUCAGUCCAAGUGGGAGAAGGAGCUCAGGCCAGGAAUGUGAGAGCAGAAUUCCUUGCCAUUAACUCCUAA